AUGGGCGAUAUCACCAUGACACGCGUCGAGGGCGGGCCUCGGGAUCAAGAUGCAGCUGGCGCUUCACACGACCGCGACAUCACUCUUGAGGCAAAGCAUGGCUCCAAGAAAGAGCAUGAAAUGUCACUCUUGAAGGCAAUCCGGCUCUACCCCAAAGCAAUCGGUUGGUCCGUCCUCGUCUCAUCGACCAUCAUCAUGGAAGGUUAUGAUCUUGCAUUGCUCGGCAACCUCUAUGCUUCCCCAGCGUUCAACAAAAAGUUUGGCGAAUACGACGAGGCUGCUGGCAAGUACGCUGUUUCGGCUGCGUGGCAAUCCGGGCUCUCGAACGGUGCCAGAGCUGGCGAGAUCUUUGGACUUAUGUUUGCCGGCUGGGUGUCGGAUCGUUUUGGUUACAAGAUGACCACAAUAGGGUCUUUAAUUCUGAUGAUUGGUUUCAUCUUUGUCCUUUUCUUCGCCCCCAAUGUCCAGGUGCUUGUUGUUGGAGAGAUAUUAUGCGGGAUCCCGUGGGGAGCAUUUCAAAGUGUCACGGCAGCAUAUGCGUCCGAGGUAGCUCCCAUGGUUCUCCGGCCUUACCUCACCACGUUCAUCAAUAUGUGCUGGGUCAUUGGCCAGUUCUUCGCCGUCGCUGUCAACAAAGGAUCCGUCACCCGCACCGAUGACUUCGCGUACAAGAUCCCUUUCGCUGUACAGUGGGUGUGGCCGGUACCCAUUCUUGCUGGUCUCAUCUUUGCCCCCGAGUCGCCUUGGUGGUAUGUGAGACACGGUAGGAAGGAGGAGGCCAAGAAAUCUCUCCUGCGUUUGACCUCCCGAAAUCAACCAGGUUUCGAUGUUGACGAGACCAUUGCCAUGAUUGAACACACCAACGAACUUGAAAAGAAUUUGAAGGACGGCGUUGGUUUUCGGGACUGCUUCCAAGGCGUGGACCUCCGUCGAACUGAAAUCGUUGUCGGCAUCUGGCUCGUCCAGACACUAGGGGGUCAAAAUCUGAUGGGAUAUUUCGCCUAUUUCCUUACCCAAGCAGGGAUGGACCCAAGCAAUUCUUUUACCUUAUCCUUGUGUCAAUAUGCUCUUGGCAUGGUCGGCACGGCCGGCUCGUGGAUUCUCAUGUCGCGCGUUGGCCGCAGGAAGAUCCAUUUCGGUGGGUUGUGUGCUCAGCUCACACUUCUCAUUAUUGUUGGCUGCCUUUCGUUUGGUCAAACCAAGGCAUCCGUGUGGGCCAUCGGCGCGAUGCUCAUCGUCUUCACGUUCGUGUACGACUUUACCGUCGGCCCCGUCACAUAUUCCCUCGUGUCGGAGUUGUCGUCGACACGUCUCAAGGCAAAGACCAUUGUUUUAGCCCGCGCAGCAUACAACGCCAGCAACAUCUUCGUCAACGUCAUGACCAACUAUCAACUGAGCUCGACAGCUUGGAACUGGGGCGCACGCACGGCUUUCUUUUGGGCCGGUUCUUGCCUACUGUCAGCUAUAUGGGUGUAUUUCAGGCUUCCAGAACCGAAAGGUAGGACCUACGCCGAACUGGAUCUCCUUUUCGAGCGGCGGGUGUCAGCGAGGAAAUUCGCAACGACAAAAGUCGAUCCAUUUGCACAGGAGGGCGAGAAGAGAGUGUCGGGCGAAACGGUGGAGCAUCUGGAGCAAUAA